AUGGGUGACGCAUCCCGUAUGUCUCAGUACAAAAAUAAAGGCAAAGAUGCCAUUUUAAAAACAAAUCGUGUAGAAGAGGCCGUCACCAUCCGGAAGGACAAGAGAGAGGAAGCAUUGUCUAAAAAGCGUAAUAUGGAUGUUGUUCCUGACGAUGAUAUGUUCCAACCAUCUCAAAACUUUCCUUUCGACACAGAGUUACUGCGAGAAAUCGUUGAGAAGGCUCAAAGUCCUGAUAUCGCCACUCAACUUACUGCAGUGCAACAGGCUAGGAAGAUGCUUUCUUCUGAUCGUAAUCCUCCAAUUGACGAUUUAAUUGCCAGUGGAAUUUUACCUGUAUUAGUGACAUGUUUGGAUAACACAGAUGUGAAUCUUCAAUUCGAAGCAGCCUGGGCUCUCACGAACAUUGCCUCUGGAACUUCUGAUCAAACUCAAGCUGUCGUUAACUCUGGUGCUGUUCCACGAUUUCUCAACCUUCUCUCCAGUGGAAAUAUGAAUGUGUGCGAACAAGCCGUAUGGGCUUUGGGAAAUAUUAUAGGAGAUGGACCACACUUCCGUGAUUAUUGCUUGCAGUUGGGUAUUUUACAACCACUCCUGAACUUUAUUAAUCCUGAUAUUCCUCUUGGAUUCCUAAGAAAUGUCACUUGGGUCAUUGUUAACCUCUGCCGGUCUAAGGAGCCACCUCCAUCUCCAGAAAUCGUCAAAAGUAUUCUUCCUGCUUUGGUUCUUCUUAUUCAUCAUGAAGACACCAACAUUCUUGUCGACACCGUUUGGGCGCUGUCAUACUUAACUGACGGAGGUAAUGAUCAGAUUCAACUUGUAAUUGAAAGCGAGGUUGUGCCUGCUCUUGUUCCCAUGUUAGCUCACAGCGAUGUGAAAGUUCAAACUGCUGCCUUGAGAGCUGUUGGAAACAUUGUAACCGGAACAGAUGAGCAAACCCAGCUUGUACUCGAUUGCAAUGUCCUUUCCGAGAUGCCUGCUCUUCUCUCUCAUUACAAAGAGAAAAUUAAUAAGGAGGCUGUUUGGUUCCUUUCCAAUAUCACCGCUGGUAAUCAAAUGCAAGUUCAAGCAGUUAUUGAUGCUGGACUUCUACCUAUGAUCAUCUCACUCUUGGAUAAGGGAGAUUUCCACACUCAGAAGGAAGCCGCUUGGGCUGUUUCGAAUGUAACCAUUUCUGGUAAAGCUGACCAAGUUUGCUACAUGGUUAAAGCCGGAGUUAUUCGACCCUUCUGUGCAUUGUUGGGAUGCAAAGACCCUCAAAUAAUCCAAGUUGUAUUGGAUGGAAUUAAUAAUAUCUUGAAGUUGGCCGGAGAUAACUUGGAAGGAGUUUGUAACCAAAUCGAAGAGUGCGGUGGACUUGACAAAAUUGAACAUCUUCAAAAUCAUGAAAAUGAAGAUAUCUAUAAACUCACUUAUGAAAUCAUUGAUACAUUCUUCAGUUCUGAUUCUGAUGAUGAAAAUGGCGGUGAAGAAGGUUUUUCAUUCGACCCCACAGGAAGUGCUCCUGUCCCCAAAGAAGGAUGGACUUUCAAGUAA